GAAGCUGGUCGAGGAGGGGUGGAGCGCCUGAGCCAGGCAGUGAUGGAGGCCUCGGCGCAUGAGGAGACGGCCUUGGGAAAAGCCAAGGAGCUGCGGAAACGCAAGAAGGAGGCCGCGAAGGAGUGUGCAGAGCGCCAGAAGGAGGUGCAGCACCACGAG